AACUAUGUUUGAUCGAAAAAGUAGCGGCGUUGCGUCUAACAAUAAGUUAAGUUUCGAGGGCCUGGAUGACCGCCAUGUUACGAUAUACAAAUGAAAUCCAAGUAGUUUGGAAGGGAGGCCGCGUGUGCGCAGUGAAAAGGCUGUCGAGAAGCGGCGUUCGGAAUUAGAGUGCAUGCCGCGAGGUUCGUUCUGAAAAGCUCGUAUAUCAAACUUCUGUUCCAGGUAACCAAACCGUGUGUAAUCGUAAUUUCGAGAUAAUGACUAUAAGAUGCUGGUCAAAUAUCUUCCAUUGAUCUUCCUCCCCUGCGUUUUGGGAUUCCCUAAGAAAGUCCACAUAGGAGGUUUGUUCGACGAUGAGGCCGGAAUUCGGCGCACUUUCGAAACUUCUAUAAAGGCGGUGAACAAAGAGCGACACGUGAAGGAGGAAUUUUCGAACGUGUUCCUCAUGGCGGAAUCGAACGAGGUCGGGACAGAUCCGUUCGAGGUGUCGCAGAAAGUAUGCGAAUUGAUGGGCACGGGGGUGGCCGCCAUUUUCGGUCCGUUAAAUAGGUUCACCUCGGAACAUGUGCAGAGUAUAUGCGACACCAAGGAAAUACCGCAUAUUUAUGGUAGAUGGGAACCCUCUCAACCUCGUGGCAAAGGGAUAAAUUUAUUCCCACAUGCCGACACACUCGCCAUGCAGAAAAUACAAAGAAAACAGCGCUUCGAAAGGUGUUCGCUUCGUUUCACUAAUGACAGAUGUGUAUGCCAGAUAUUCGAUCAAAUCAUAAUCGAUUUCGAGUGGAAAAUUUUCGCGAUACUGUACGAGGGAACGGAUAGCUUGAUCCGUAGUCACCGAUUGUUGGAGAUUAAGGAUCCGAAGAGGCACGGGAUAUUUCUGUACCAUUUGGGGCCUGGGCCGAAUUACAGGAAAGUAAUGAAGGAGAUAAAAGACGCCGAGUUCGAGAACAUAAUCAUCGAUUGUUCCAUUGACAUAUUGGAAGAAGUGUUGCGACAGGCGCAGCAAGUGGGCAUCAUGUCCGAGAAGAACAAAAUUAUAGUUACUUCCCUGGACCUCCAAACGAUCGAUCUAGAACCGUACCAAUAUUCAGGGGUGAAUUUCACGGGGGUGCGCUUAAUCGAUCCCGACAAUCCCAUCGUGUUAGAUAUCGUGAAGAUGCACGAGGCGGAGUGGGGCCUGGACAAUCCCCGUCAAUUAAGGGUCGAACCCGCGCUUAUGUACGACGCCGUACAACUUUUCGCCAGAGCUUUCAAACAGUUGAAGGACAGCAUCGAGGGUGACGUGAAGAAAUUGCCUUGUAACGACACCAUUAACUGGGAGCACGGUUAUAGUCUGAGUAAUUUUAUGAGAGUGACUGAAAUGGAAGGCUUGACCGGUUUGAUCAAAUUCGACACGGCUGGCUUUCGCACCAAUUUCCAAUUGGAUGUCGUAAGGGUGACGGAGGACGGGCUGAAGAAGAUCGGGAUAUGGAAGAGCACGAAUGCUUCUAAAUGGAGCGUGGAAUGGCUAUUGGAAUCUCAACCUCCGAAAUUUGACGUCGAGUUGAGCUUGCAGAAUAAAACUUUUAUCAUUCUAAUCGCGAUCAGUCAUCCCUAUGGAAUGUUGAAGAAGUCGGCCGACACGAUGACUGGAAAUGAUCGGUACGAGGGAUUCGGCAUCGAUGUUAUUCAGGAGCUGAGCAAAAUGUUGGGUUUCAAUUACACGUUCGAGGUGCAGGCGGACAACGUGUACGGAUCGUAUUCUAAGAAGACGAAAAAAUGGACGGGGAUGCUCGGGAAAAUAAUAGCCGGUGAGGCCGAUCUGGCGAUUACAGAUUUAACCAUAACGUCCGAGAGAGAAGGGGCUGUGGACUUCACGAUGCCUUUUAUGAAUUUAGGAAUAAGCAUUUUAUACAGAAAACCGACAAAGACACCGCCGAGCUUGUUCUCCUUCCUUUCUCCAUUUUCGGCCGGAGUUUGGUGGUAUUUGAUCGGAGCUUAUAUAUUUGUAUCCGUAGUGCUAUUCAUAAUCGGCAGGAUAUGCCCGGCUGAGUGGAACAAUCCGUAUCCUUGCAUCGAGGAGCCCGAAGUGCUCGAAAAUCAAUUCACAUUUAAGAAUUCUCUUUGGUUCACCAUUGGCAGUAUUAUGCAGCAAGGUUCCGAGAUUGCGCCCAUAGGAUUGUCGACAAGAAUGAUGGCCGCUUCCUGGUGGUUCUUCUGCCUCAUCAUGGUCUCAUCUUACACUGCCAACUUGGCCGCUUUCUUGACAGUGGAAACGGUGGUGUCACCAUUUUCGAACGUGGAAGAAUUAGCCAAAAAGCGGACUAUUAAAUACGGAGCCAAAGUGGGAGGAUCCACGUUCAUGUUCUUCAAAAAUUAUGCCCAUUCCAAGGAUUCCAACUACUCGACGUACAAGGAGAUGUACGAAUACAUGAUCGAGAACGCGGCGGACGUGCUGCCUCCCGACAACGACGCCGGAUUGACAAAGGUGCUCAGAGAGGAUUACGCGUUUUUGAUGGAGUCGAGCUCGAUAGAAUACAUCGUUGAACGAUACUGCAACGUGACGCAGAUCGGUGGACUUCUCGAUGCCAAGGGUUAUGGAAUUGCUAUGAAGAAGCACUCGCCGUAUCGCCAUUCGUUGAACACUGCCGUGUUAAAGCUGCAGCAAAGCGGUCUGAUCACGGAACUGAAGAAGAAAUGGUGGACACAGAAACGCGGGGGUGGAACAUGUCGAGAAGACGGUGGUCAGAGCCAAGCGGAGGAACUGGAUCUCGAUAAUGUGGGUGGUGUGUUCCUGGUAUUGACCGUAGGCGUUGCCGCCUCCUUCUUUUACACUAUAUGCGAAUUACUGUGGGACGUUGGAUGCACGUCUCUACGUGAAAACGUUUCCUUCAAGGAGGAAUUGAUGGCCGAGGUGAAGUUCAUUAUAAAAUGUGACAAUUCGCCUAAACCUGUAAGAAGGAGAAAAGGCUCGUCGAAUCGAAGCGGGGAGGACAGUACGAGGGGUUGCACACCACCGUAUGGAUUUAUACCAGUAAUUAGAACCUCCAGUUCCGAUGACAAAUAAAUUGGGAACGAUAUACUUAUAGAAAGAAAAAUCAAUUUAUUAAAAAAAAAGAAAGAAAGAAGGAAAGAAAAUAGAGAAAGUUUUUCAAUUAAAA